CAGCCCCCUUUCAACAUCUAAUCCAUCCCAUUGUCAAAGCUCUCCCUCUUUGCACGAGAGUCUCACUCGACGAAGAUUUCGGCUGGAAAGUGGAGCAGGAGAAGGACCCAUCGUGGACAAGAGCUGCCAUCUGCUAGCCAGCACCGAUUUCCACACGAGUAUUCCAGGAUGGACGAGAAAUCUGGCGUUCCCGCACAAGGGAGUUCAAACUCUGAGCGUAGAAUGUCGUCACGCUAUCUGAAACUGGAGAGACUUCCCACAUUACAAGAAGUCCUCGAUAGACGUACGAGAGCUCCAUUGGACCUCUUUUGCUUCUACAUAUUCCUCCAACGCGAAUCCGCAGAAGACGCGUUGGACUUCUGGCUAGACGUGCAGCAACAUGAGAACAUGUGCAAGGCGUACUUCAAGGAUCUCCGACGAUCCGGGCGAUCCGUUCAGGACGAUUGGCCAGAAUUCGCGACAUACGCUCGAACCAAUGGGUCUCAUUUCUCUCCAAUGUUGUCUCUGGCACCUGGCGCUUCGGACGACGAUGCUCACUUCAGUUCAACUAGUAGCGGUCUUCCCCGCAAGUCAUCUGAACUCAUGGUGCCAGUCUCACCUCGUCCUCUAUCACCGACUUCUCCCGCUAUGCGAGAACGACGCGAUACAGAGUCGCACGGACCGGAUCCACGGUCCAGCCAAUUGAGUGCGGCAGAAGAGAUCGGUAUAGGGCGACCUCCAAUAAAAGAUAGACCCGGUCAUACGGGCGGAGCACCGAGUCGACAACCCUCUAGAUGGGCCAGAGGAAGUCGAAUCCCUACGGUCAUUCAGAGGGAGAGGGCGAUUGAAAAGGCUGCUUUGGUGGAGUCUGCCGAGAGAAUCUACCUUAGGUAUCUCUUGCCUGGAGCAGAGAGGGAGAUCUAUCUGCCACCCUCGCUGCGUUUGAACAACUUUCCCAUCUCCUCGAAAGAAGCCUCUCCUCUCAUUCCAGACCUGUUCCACAAUCAGAAAGUGUACAUUUUCCGCGCAUUAGAGCAAGACGCGUUCCCUCGGUUCCUUCGAGCCAAGGCAUUCGGCAACUUGACUCCUCUUGGAUGCUUCGCGAGACUGGUCGCGGGUCUCUUCUUCCUUUGGGGAGGCUUCGUCAUUGGCUUUUCGCUCAUCUUCCUGGACCACGAGCCGAGACUGGAUCGCCUUUGGAUCAUCUUGCCAUUCUUCCUCGCCACAAAUCUCCUGUUCUCUGCAUUCUACUCUCUCUCGCCACUACUUGCCCUCUUACAACAAUCAGAAACAACGCCCUUCCGACUCAUCACGGUUCGCGAGUCAUAUGUUCGCAAAUUGCUCUUCAUGCGAGCUUUGUGGAUCGAAGCGGUCUGUAUCGUCGUCACGGCAGUCUUGACGGUGAUCUUUGCGGUGGUCCCUGGUCAUCGCCUGUAGAAGGCGAUUGCGCUUCUCGGGUUCUGUGCAGCGUUGUUGGGAGGAUUUCUUUUUUACUUUUAAUCUAACGGAGGGCGUCUUGUCCAGACGCGACGAUCUAUCAUCGCACA